CCCUCGUGGUCCUCCCAGGCCAGCAGGAUGAGGGGUUCUAGGCAAACAUUCCUUAAUUUAUUCUGCAUCCUCUGGCUCCCACUUCUGCUGAAGGCUGCCUCUUCCUCCCCUCUCCCCCAUGGCAACACCCCACCACCCGCUUCGCUCCCCUCUGGGCUGUACAGAGGACAAACCUGCGUCGGAUGCGUGCUUGUGGUGUCUGUAAUUGAACAGCUUGCACAGUGGCACAACAGCACAGUAAAGGCAGCCGUGGAGAAACUGUGCAACUAUAUACCUGAGAAACUGCAAGGUUUCUGUUACGUACUUGCUGAACUUUACGGACCACACAUUGCUGAACUCAUAGACAGGGAAAUGAAUGCCGAUGUGGUCUGCCAUUCCUUGAAGCUAUGUAAACAGGAUCCAGGACAACCGCUUUGUCAUCUCUACCCUCCUCCAAAGGUGGGGCUGAGUACUGCAAUAAGAAAAGCAAAAAGGAUUAUGAAGACUUCCAAGGACCUGAAAAGCUUCACGGGGUUCUCAAGUAUAUGUGCAUUUCCUCUUCUGGCUAACCUGUGUGAGAAGAUUAAAUAUGUCAUAAAAAAUAAACUGCCUUUUGAAGAUUUCGAUGGAGAUAAAUUUAGUACUUUCCCGACGUUGAGAGGCUAUCACUGGCGAGGCAGAGACUGCAAUGACAAAAACACCACCGUGUACCCUGGCAGACGUCCUGAUAACUGGGAUGUGAAAAGUGACUCAAACUGCAAUGGCAUAUGGGGUGUGGACCCAAAAGACGGAAUUCCCUACGAGGAGAAGUUCUGCAAAGGUGCGGACUCACAAGGGGUCGUGCUGUUGGGAGACUCGGCCGGCGCUCACUUCCACAUCCCUCCCGAGUGGAUGACCGUCAUGCAGAUGUCAGCGAAAUCAUUUGCUAAUCUCCCAAUGGCUUUCACCGACGAGCUUGACUGGCCCCAGUUCUCAGAGAUCACUGGAUUUCUGAACUCCACCAUUGGAGGCUGGACAGACUCUCUGUAUCUACGUUUACGCAGGAGAAAUCGCUGUAAUCACAGAGACUUACAGAACAUUUCCCAAAAUGGUGGUUAUUCAGGAAACCUCCUCUAUUUAAUAAAAAGCUUGGCCAGAAACCAGCUGUUGGACAAGCCAGCCAUAGUUAUCUACGCUACAAUUGGGAAUGAUGUCUGCAAUGGGAACCGUGACACGCUGGCUCACAUGACUACACCCAAAGAGAUGCUCUCCAACGUGGUUCAAGCUCUGCAAUACCUGGACUCCCGUCUUCCAAAUGGCAGCCAUGUGAUUUUAACAGGCUUGGUAGAUGGCCGCUUUCUCUGGGAUAACCUGCAUGACAGAUACCAUCCUCUAGGGCAGCUGAACAGGGACAUCACGUACAGUCAACUUUAUUCUUUCCUCGACUGCCUCCAGGUGAGCCCCUGCAGCGGCUGGCUGACCCCCAACGAGACCCUCAGGAAUUUGACCUCAGAGAGAGCUUUACAACUUUCCAAUGUCCUGAAAGAAAUAGCAACAUCUAAGAAAUUUGCCAACUUUGAUAUUUUCUACAUGGAUUUCCCACUGAAACAAACGGCCGAGGAGUGGCAGAAGAUGGGAGGCGAGCCCUGGCAGCUGAUUGAACCCGUUGAUGGCUUCCACCCCAGUCAGAUUGCUGCAGCCCUUGGAACAAGCAUUACCUGGCAGAAGAUGCUACAUGAAUGGCCUCAAGUGCUUGGAAAGGAGAAUCCUUUCAACAACCAGAUUGAAGCUAUAUUCAAAGAUCAAGGUGGACACUGA